GGGGCCCCGCCCCUCGGCGCGGAGCGGAAGUGCCGGAGUUGCCGCCCGCCCGGCGCUGCCGCGCGCGGGGAAAGUUGGGCUGCGGCUCGGCGGCGGCGGCUGGCGCGACCCGAGCGGACCGGACCGGCCCGGCCCGGACCCGAGCGGACCCGCGCUCCCUGGCGGCGGCGGCGGCGGCUCCGAUGCGGCGGAAGCAGAAGCGGCUGCUGCAGGCCGUGGGGCUGGCGCUCGCCGCCCUCGUCUUCCUGCCCAACGUGGGGCUGUGGUCCCUCUACCGCGAGCGGCAGCUGGAGGGCGGCGGGGCCGCCGGCGGGGAGGGCGCCGCGGGGCCGCCGGGGGCUGCGGCCGCCGACGCGCCGGCAUCAUAUGUGAGGCAAAAGAAAGACCUUUACUUUGUUGAUGGAGAAAGAAAAAAGGACUGGCAUAACAAAGAAGCUAUAAGGAGGGACUCCGAACGUGUAGGAAAUGGAGAACAGGGAAAACCUUAUCCAAUGACUGAUACAGAGCGAGUGGACCAGGCAUACAGGGAAAAUGGCUUUAAUAUCUUUGUGAGCGAUAAAAUUUCUCUGAAUCGUUCUCUUCCAGACAUCAGACAUCCAAACUGCAAGAAUAAACUGUACCUGGAGAUGCUUCCAAACACUAGUGUGAUAAUACCGUUCCACAAUGAAGGAUGGUCCUCUCUCCUCCGGACAGUGCACAGUGUCUUAAACCGCUCCCCUCCUGAGCUGAUAGCAGAGAUAGUGCUGGUGGAUGACUUCAGUGACAGAGAACACCUGAAGAAACGUCUGGAAGAUUAUAUGGCCCAGUUCCCAAAAGUAAGAAUCAUCCGAACCAAGAAGAGAGAAGGAUUAAUAAGAACUCGAAUGCUUGGGGCCUCUGUGGCGAUAGGAGAUGUCAUCACGUUCUUGGAUUCCCACUGUGAGGCCAACGUGAACUGGCUGCCCCCUCUGUUAGAUCGUAUUGCCCGAAACCGCAAGACUAUCGUUUGCCCCAUGAUCGAUGUUAUUGAUCAUGACCACUUUGGAUAUGAGACUCAGGCUGGAGAUGCAAUGCGAGGUGCAUUUGACUGGGAGAUGUAUUACAAGAGGAUUCCUAUCCCUCCUGAGUUACAGAAACCUGAUCCCAGUGAUCCCUUUGAGUCUCCUGUAAUGGCUGGAGGACUGUUUGCAGUCGAUAGAAAGUGGUUCUGGGAGCUGGGAGGGUAUGAUGCAGGUCUGGAGAUAUGGGGAGGAGAACAGUAUGAAAUAUCCUUUAAGGUAUGGAUGUGUGGGGGUCGCAUGGAGGACAUCCCUUGCUCUAGAGUGGGCCAUAUCUACAGAAAAUAUGUUCCAUACAAAGUUCCAACAGGAGUCAGCCUGGCAAGAAACUUGAAGCGCGUGGCUGAGGUGUGGAUGGACGAAUAUGCAGAGUACAUAUACCAGCGUAGACCAGAGUACCGGCAUCUUUCUGCAGGGGAUGUGGCAGCUCAGAAGGAACUUCGCAACAACCUCAACUGCAAGAGCUUCAAAUGGUUCAUGAAUGAGGUCGCAUGGGACUUGCCAAAGUUCUACCCACCAGUGGAGCCUCCAGCAGCUGCUUGGGGAGAGAUACGCAAUGUAGGAACUGGACUGUGUGUGGAUACUAAGCAUGGAACCCUGGGAUCUCCCCUGAGGCUGGAAAGCUGUGUGAAGGACAGAGGAGAGGCAGCAUGGAACAAUGUACAGAUAUUUACCUUCAGCUGGAGAGAAGACAUCCGUCCUGGGGAUCCUCAGCAUACCAAGAAGUUUUGUUUUGAUGCCAUUUCCCACAGCAGCCCUGUGACCCUCUAUGACUGUCAUGGAAUGAAGGGGAACCAGCUCUGGAGAUACAGAAAAGACAAGACCCUCUACCAUCCAGUAAGCAGCAGCUGUAUGGACUGCAGUGAGAGUGACCGAAAGAUCUUUAUGAAUAGCUGCAAUCCUUCAUCUCCAACACAGCAGUGGAUAUUUGAACACACAAACUCAACUGUCUUGGAAAAAUUUAACAGAAAUAUUGAUCUUUAAAAGACUGAGAAUAUAUAUAUAUAUAAAAAAUAUAUAUAUAUAUAAAACAAUUAUAGUUUUUACUAGGGAGAGUUACAAAAAUUUUUUUAAGAAUAAUUUUUUUUAAACAGUUAAUGAAGGUAAAAGGGAGAAUCUCAGGAGAAGGUGUUAGCUAGCAGGCCAAUCUUUAUUGUGAAGAUGCUGCAUCCUUCUCUUCUGGGGAUGAUGGAAUUCAAAAGGUUUUUCCAGAGCCACUUCUGUGUUGAGACUGGAACAGAAACUCUGUGUUUAGAGGAGCCUGAAUAUGAUUCAAACUUUUUUUUUUUUUUACACUGUUUUACUUCCCAUCUGGGUCUGGUGUAAAUGAUUCUGUUCUCCAUGACCCCUGAAGUACAGUACUUUUUGUAGUUGCUUUACCACCUGCUGAAGCAUUCACACACAAACGCUUUACCUUCCAAAGUCCAUAUAAGUAAAAUCUUGAACUCAAGAUUCCAGUCCUCCAGUGUCAUGGAUAUCCCCCCUCACUCCCCCAAAAAUUACAUCAGAAUGUAAAAUGAAAUGAAUAUUUUUUUGCCCUAAACCAAAAUACAUUUUAAACAGGUCUAGCGUUAUUAUGUUCCAAAUGAUAAAGGAAUGCACUCUAAAGGUGGUGCGGCCAAGUGUUGGAGAUAUCACUGUAGUUAUGAGCAAUGAAGAAUCUGUGUUUCUGGUCCAUUCACUUUGCAGUCAUUUUGUUGCUCACUGUUGAAUCCUCAAGGUGAAAAAUUCACAGAGGGCUUCUAAGUGAAUGCAGUUUUUGCAAGUUCACUAAGAGCUUUUGGGUAUCAGGUUCCAAAUUUGCCUCUCCUUCAGCAUUUUUUUAGCAUGGACACCUCUAGAGUUUCUCAGAAUUAGAUUUACAUAAAGGCAAUCUCCAGUUUUCCUUUAGAGGUGCAAAGGCUAAUUCAAUUUGCAAUUUGUGUGAGCAGAUUAAUUCAGGCUAAAUAAGUCUGGGCUAAGAUUAACCAUUGGUCUUUAUCUGUUUGUUCGUCAGUCUGUAGUUUAUUCCAGGCAUGAGUCCUGUGGUCAAUGGUGUUGCUAGGCUUGAGGGAAUGUGCUGUUAAUCUCUGCUUCUUUCCCAGUGUCCACAGCACUGUACAGUUUAGUGUGAUUGGAAAUCUGUUUACUUAAGCUGAGAUAUGGAAUUGAUGGGCCAGUUCCACUGGUACUACAGAAUGAUUGAGGUUGGAAGGGACCUCUGGAAAUCAUCUCCUCCAACGCCCCUGUUCUAGCAGGGUCACCUAGAGCACGUUGCCCAGGAUUGUGUCCAGACAGCUUUUCAAUAUCUCCAAGGAAGGAGACUCCACAACCUCUCUGGGCAAACUGUUCCAGUGCUGUUGCCCUGGCAGCAAAGAAGUUUUUCCUCCUGUUCACAUGGACUUUCCUGUGUUUCAGUUUGUGCCAAUUGCCUCUCAUCCUAUCACUGGGCACCACCGAAAGGAGUCUGGCCCCAUCCUCUUUACACCCUCCCUUCAGAUACUUAUACACAUUGAUAAGCUCCCCGCUCAGUCUUCUCUUCUCCAGGCUGAACAGGUCCAGCUCUGGGAGCCUUUCCUCAUAUGAGAGAUACUCCAGUCCCUUAAUCAUCUUAGUACCCUGUCCAUUGUGUAUUCAAUCAGCACUGCAAGGCAUUUACCCUCCUGGUUUGGCUGCAGGAUCUGUCAGAUACUGAACCAGAAUUGUCUCAUCCUAGGAGCUGGAAAAAAGUACUGAUGCUGAGAGAUGAAUAGGAGACCAUUGGCUUCAAGUCUAUCUGAAGUCAGUGCACACUAAAAAAAAAAACCCCACACUGACUUAAGAUGAAUUGUUACAAAAGCAGAUUCAGUAGUUCAUGAGACUUAAGUCUUGUACUGAAAAUAGGAGUGAUAUUUUCUAGUAAAAACUGUGAAUCGGCAUGCAGUUAGCCUUUUGCAAAGAUGCUGCAUAAAUCGAUAAAACUAGCCCUUUUCCAACAAUUGCCUGGCUGCACUUUGUCCAACUGCCCAUGCGGGAAUGCUACAGGAGGAGGCAGCAUGCAGUGGAAAUGAAAGCCUGAAACACUCUUGGGAAGAGUGAAACAGUUCUCUGAGACUCUGAUACAACAUGGUUAAUGGACUUUCCUUCUUUUGGGGGGGGGGGGGGGGCAUGAAAGCUCUGCUUUGGGAUAUCUUUCUCUCCUGUGAAGCCAAGGAGGUUUUUGCCUUGGGUCAAGAAACAAGCAGGCUUUCUCCCCACUAUGCAGAGUUCCAGAAGUAAGCCCUUUUUUUAUGUUGCCAAUUGUAGGAUUAUUGUCCAUGUUUCAGACCCAUUUGAGGCUGAGCAGUCCUGUGUUUGGAACCUGAGAGCAGAAUAGGACAGAACUAGCUGCCUCUUGAGCUGCUAAGUUUGAUGCAUUGACUGCAAGUUAGGUUUAAAAUCACUUCUCCCUCUUGCUUCCUGCCUCUUGCGUCCUUGAGCUGAGCCCAUCUCUGACUUGUGCUACCAACUCACCUGGCACAUGCAGUCACAGAGCAAGGGAAACACAGGCAACUGGGAGUGGGGUUUGGCAAAUAUAUGGGGGUCUCGCAUCUUGGGAGUGAAGAAAAUAAAAAGUCUCUUGAUUAUGUGUUCUUUGUGACAGUUUUGCAGCAGCAUUUCUGUGAAGGUGGGACAGAGUGUCAAAUGGAGCUGACAUCUUAAGUUCUCCAUAACUACAAUAUGUCAGUCAUUAGGACCCCUUUUAAUUCCUGUGGGAGAGAAUGCCAGUUUCCCGUGCUUUGUGUCUGGCUCUUGCUUUCCUAAAGUUAUUAAUGCCCUCAUUAGUCUAGCAGUGCUGACUGUGGAUUGCUAAAUGGCCUGACUAGAUGUCUUCAUGUAUGUUUUAAGACCUGUGGAAUAAGAAGCUGUUUGUCCAUGGACAGUGCCAGUUUAUUAUAAUUGGGACACAGUCAGUAAAUGAUAUAUAAAUGGAUUGCAGGUCAUUCUCCUUGCAGCUUGCAACAGUGGGUGUCUUAGUUUUCUAAUGAGAGGAUUAGCUUCUGUUUCUAAAACGCAUGGUUUGCUUUGUACUUGGGCUCACCUUUGGAACAGGGCUUUGGAGUCCUAGCUUCAGAGAGAACUACAAUAAUGAGCAGGUCUUUUACCUCUUAGUAAUAUUAAUUUGGUGAGAAAGGACAGCUCUUAGCAGCAUGCACCAGAAGAUUAGGUAAUAUUGAGGCAGUUCCUGUUUGACAGCUGCCAGUACAGGGAAACUGGAGCUUUGGUGGGAAUGGUCCCACUGUGUUCUUCUCAGUAUGGCUGAUCAGAUCUGUUUUCUCAAACUUUGGGAUCUGAGUGUGGUAAGUGCCCCACAAAUUCUGUGCCAUUCUGACUGGCUCACUGGGCUUUGAGCUAUUAAUUUAUUUACAUCAGUUAUACUUUUCAAUACCCUAGAGGCUUUGCUGACUAAUGAGAAGACUUAAUAUAGCCAACCAUCCACUGAUGGAGAAAUAGAAGCUGUAUUUCAUCGUCUGCCUCUUUAAUUGAGCCUUUGCUGGGCAAUCUGGUUAAUUAUUCCAAUUACUUUUGGUUAUUUGUAAGCAAAAUUGCUAAAGCAUGAAUAUACAAGCAAAUCUUCACAUCUGCAUGCACGUCAAGAGUGGAGAUUAAAUACCAGUGUUUAUCUAAUGCAAAAUAAAUGUUUUUCAUUUCCCCCCCCCCCCCAAAGAAUUCAAACAACUCCUCUAUCCAUGGCUGCAUAAAUUCUACUACUUCUAAAUAUCAGAAUCCCAGACAACAGGGGGAUCCCUGGAUAUGUGUUAUGUCACAUAAUGAUACUUUGAUUUGCUCUUGAAGCUCUUGUUGAUUUAUAUGGGUGCUAAUCUCUAAAGCCAAGAAACAGAGUAAUAGGUUUUGUCCUCUUACGUGUGCAAGGUGUCUUUUUUCAUGCCUGGGAAUUAACUUUCUUUUCUACACCAUAGCAGAAGAACACGUGAGCCUUACUCAAAGGGGAAUACAGCAUCAUUAAAAUAAAGAUGUGCCUUUUAACAUGUAAAUGUACAGCAAAUGCCUAAACUUGAACCAUUUCCUAGUGCCUUGCUGGACAAGAGAGAAGAGGGUAGGGGGUUAGGGGCAUAAGGGUGUAUGAGAGAGUUUGACUUGUGCAGUGUGUGUGUGUGUGUGUGUGUGUGUGUGUGUGUGGUUUUUUAAAUGUUCAACCUUCAGUGCAAAAUUUUGGUGAAAGACAGUAAUUCGGAAGCUCCUGGGUUUCUCUAUUAAAUUGAUAUCGGUAGUGACUGGGGAGAUUUGUCACUCUUAAUAGGAAGACUUGGAAAUUAUGGUAUCUUCAUUUUGGCUUGGUACAGAAUAAUCACUAAAGCUAGACCAGAGGAUGUCUUGGUUGGCUUUUGGAUGUUUCACCUCAUGGUGAAGGCUCAUGCAUUUCACCUACAUCCAAGAUUCUGCAUUUUAUGUUCUAAAUAGCCAAAGCAGAAAUAGUCCCAAAGGCGUAUCAAAUCUGUAGUAGAAGAGUUUUUCAGAAAGUCAAUGCCUUGCAUAACAGGGAAACAUUAAAAGAUGUGAUUUAGUCUCUAAUACAGAAGUAGCAAGAAAACAAUUUCUGUGCAUAAGGCAGGUUCCUUUACUGGAAAGUUCCAGUCAGCAAACUUUCCUGCUCCCCUAGCAGGAAGCUGCUGUGUUGAGACAUCAGUGUAUUGCAAGUCAAAUAGGCACCACCAGUAUGUAGUACUGCAAGAACGCAGUGCUCUUGUAGCUACUCUAGAAGCAUCAUAGUGGCUACGCUGGCUUACAUCACUUAGGUCUUUCUCCUACCCCCUUAAAGUCAUAUGGGACAAUCACAUAACUGCUGUGUAAAAAGAGAGAAGCUUUCAUUUCAAAUCAUCUUUCAAGAUACAGACAGACAUUUGAAUGGUUUUGACUGGAGAGAACAGACAGCCUCGAGCAGUUGGCCUGUAAUGUUUUCAACCAGAAAGAGUCCUGGUAACGUUAAGUCUAAUAUAGGCUGGCUUUGCUAGCAGGUAGGAUUCAGGUUGCAUCUGCAUCCACUCCAGGUGCUGUGGUUCAUGUCAGUACUCUACUUCUGUAACCAUCUGCAGCAAAGGAGCCUGAUGGUGCUAAACCCGUCGUUAUCUGACAAACAGCAGUCCAGUUGUGGCUCCCAUUCUAACAGAAUUAUUUAGCAUGAGAAGCAGUUUAAAUAGGUAGCAAACUGUUGUUGUCAAAAUAGUGAAUAGCUUUAGGUUAAUCUCAGUGUCUGUGGAGGGUAGGGUUAAAAGGCCUUUCAUAGGAUAUAGUAAAAGGGGAGCCAGACUGGGAGACAGGAGUACUGGGAUCUGCUCCCAGUUCCUCAGUGACCUAUUGCUUGAUCCUAAGCAAGGCAAGUCUGCUGCAAUUUCCCAGCCUAUGUAAUAUUUACCUUGAAGCGUUUUAUUUGCCGACCUAGUGAGUGUUGUGUCCAUAUCUUAAGGCAAGCUGCAGUUCUUCACCUGUUUGGAAAGGAGGGGAGAGAUUCGAUGGGUGGAAAAUGGGAAAGCUGAGAUCUGAAAUUUCCGCCAGCAUUCCUCACUGACAUGUCAAUUCAAUUCAUUUCAUAUUCCUCAUUAACCAGUCAGAUUGCCUUAUCCACAUUAUAAAUUUAAAGUAUAACUGAAAUAAACUGACAUCCUGCUCUGAUUGUUCUUAGUGUCAUGCUGUAACUUGCAGAUCUGUGUAUAAAACUAGACAAUGACAGAUUAUGGAAAUCCUAAUAAAAAUCCUGUGUCUGUUUUUUGACUCUGCCUCUGCUAGCUGAGUAUGCUCCUUUAUUCACUUUAUUCUGAGCUUUCUUGAUGCUUCUGUAUUACCCAGAAGGCUUCAAUGGUUUCAGCAGACGUGAGGGAUUUGGAGGUUUUAUUUAAAGCCCCUGGAUCUUUGUGGUCUCCAAGCUAGUCGUUCAACUUUAGGAAAAAAGUUCUAAUCCCAGUUAGCAAGCAAGCAAGCAAAUGUGAACUUGGACAAGGAAACAAGAUAAAAACUCAUCAGGCUAACUGACUAAAACAUUAGCCCUUAUGAUAACAGUAACAAAUAGCUUUAGCCUCUAGGGUGAUGAAUGGAAUUAGUUUUAAAAUGCAUUUCCAGGAUCUUGGUGAUAAGGUCUAAGUUUGUCUAUUCCUUGUACUGCAUGCAUUUUAUCUGUAAAACUGGAUGGUGUCUCUUGAACCAGUGUAUAUUUAUUUCUGUGCAUAUUAGGAUCAACAGCCUAAUAUCUGGGUGGUAAAGGACUCUAGCACUUUAAUGUAGUAGUUUUCAUAAAUCGGGAAUCAUUGAUAGAAUGCCUAGUGUUUUUAAAGUUGAAUGGACUUCCUUUUAUAAUAUAUUUAAAAUAAAUUGUUAAUGUGUUUUCUGAA